GAAACUAAUAAAUUUGUAUUGGCAACUCUACUUGCAAGAUCACGACGUGCCUGUAAAAAUAAUUCUGUACGUCAACAAUUAGGAAUUUCUUAAGAAAUCGAUUUUGAAGAGUUCUUAUAGUGUAGUUUACUUAUGUGAAAAAUAAUAUAUUCCUUUUUGGUUAGUAAUAUUUAGUGACAGAUAUUUUUAGAACAAUUUUAUUUCUUGAUUUUGGGGCGCCAUUUUGUAUAUGCCGGUGGAUUUUACGUACGACUGUCAAAUAAUAAAGGUGUCGGGCGAUAAAAAACUAUUAUAUAGACUUUCUAAAUACUAAGUUUCCACGAAUACUUAUACAAGUGGUUAAAUUAUGCAUUUAGAGUUGAGCCUACAAUGUUAAUUUGAAGACAGAUCAAAAUAUGACUAUUGCAACUAGGACUCAAGGACUUACAGGAGACUCAGUUGAUACACAAGGACCUUCUCCUGGACCGUCCGAAAACAAUGCCGAAGAUAUUCAAGAUGAAAAUUUCGAACCAGAUUUUCCCAAAGAUAAAUUGGCUUCUUUAGAUGAAAAAAUAUCGAAUCUGCGUUGGGUGGUGCCGGUAUUGGCCGAUCAAGAAUUAGAAUGCCUCUUGAAAGUAUCCAUAGAUUUGGCGAGAAAAAAUCUCGACACGAGAUCGGAACCUUGUCAGAGAUUCUUCAGGGAAGGACUGACGAUAUCGUUUACGAAAAUAUUAACCGACGACGCCGUAUCCAGUUGGAAACCGAACAUCCACGCCUGCAUCUACCAGAACUGCCUCAAAUUGAUCGAACUGUGCGUCGCCAAACUACCCCACGAUUGGUUCCCCCUGCUCGACCUGCUCGCGAUGGUACUGAAUCCCAACAACAAAUUCCACAGCUUCAAUUCGUCGCGGCAGAGCGACACCGCCGGCCCCAAUUCGAAUCUAUCCGAAGAGGAAACGUUCGCCAGACCGUCGAGCGACCUACGAAACCCCAGAGGGUGGCUGGUGGAUCUGAUAAAUAAAUUCGGCGAAUUGGGGGGGUUCCGGAUCCUAUUGGAGAGAUUCCAAGGCGGGAAAAAUCUGAGCAUAUCCAUAGUGUUCGCUUUGCUGAGGCCGUUCGGUUUGUGUUUCGAAUUUCUAACAGUGAACACCAUCGAUAAAUUCAUAUUGCCGAUAUUGGAAAUGAUACCGGGGAUAUUGGAUAAAUUGACCGACGAAGAAUUGAAGAAGGAAGCGAAAAACGAGCAGAAGAGCGACGUCGUUUCGGCCAUUAUAAAAGCGUCGAAAAAUUUGGCGUCGCGAGUGCCGAAUCAAGAGGAAUUGGUCAGAACGUUGGAAGGGUUCAGAUUGACGAUGAUAUUGAGACAGUUGCAGAUAUCGAGUUUCAACGGGAAAAUGAACGCCUUGAACGAGAUCAACAAAGUUAUUUCCAGCGUCACUUAUUACCCGAACAGACACCACGGUAUGGACGAAGAGGAAUAUUUGACGCCCGAACGGAUGGCAAAAUGGAUAAACGAAAAUAAAGUGUUGGAAAUCGUGUUGAGAGAUUCGCUGCAUCAGCCUCAGUACGUGGAAAAAUUGGAAAAAAUCCUGCGGUUCGUGAUAAAAGAGAGGGCGUUGAGUUUGCGCGAUUUGGACGCCGUUUGGGCGGCCCAAGUCGGCAAACACGAAGCCAUAGUGAAGAACGUGCACGAUCUGUUGGCCAAAUUGGCGUGGGACUUUAGCGCCGAGCAAUUGGACCAUCUGUUCGAAUGUUUCCAGAACAAUUGGACGUCGGCUUCGAAGAGACAAAGGGAACGGCUGUUGGAGUUGAUACGACGCUUGGCCGAAGACGACAAGGACGGCGUGAUGGCGCACAAAGUGUUGACGCUAUUCUGGAAUCUGGCCCACGCCGAGGACGUCACCACCGAGAUAAUGGAUCAAGCGUUGGCGGCGCACGUCAAAAUAUUAGAUUACAGUUGUUCGCAGGAGCGCGACGCCCAAAAAACCGUCUGGCUCGAUAAGUGCGUGGAGGAAUUGAAAAACGGCGAUAAAUGGGUGCUGCCGGCUUUGAAACAGAUCCGAGAAAUUUGUACUUUGUACGAACAAAACACCAACGGCGGACACACGCAACGCACCCACCACAUCUACUACCGACAAGAAGUGAUCGAAAGAUUGCAGAAUCAACAUUCGCUAGUUAUACAAGUUACCAACAGUUUGUGCGGUUAUAUGGAAAAAUUGAGGGAAUUGUAUAGGAAUAAUCGCGAAUUGACGAGCGAAACGUACGUGCCGGACGGCAGGUACUGUCACGCUUUGCAAGUGCAAGAGAGAUUGAAUUUUCUGCGGUUCCUCCUCAAAGACGGACAGUUGUGGUUGUGCGCCGAACAGGCCAAACAAAUAUGGCAGUGUUUGGCCGAAAACGCGGUAUUCCAAAGCGACAGGGAGGCCUGCUUCAAAUGGUUCUCGAAAUUGAUGGGCGACGAACCGGACUUGGAUCCGGGCAUCAACCGAGAUUUCUUCGAAAACAACAUAUUGCAAAUCGAUCCCGUAUUACUCACAGAAAGCGGCAUCAAAUGUUUCGAACGAUUCUUCAAGGCCGUCAAUAUAAAGGAGGGCAAAGUGAAAUAUAAGAGGAGGACGUUGCUGACCGAAGAUCCGGACCUCAUCGGACUCGAUUAUCUGUGGAAAGUGGUCACUUUGUGUCAAAACGAUAUAGCCAAUAGGGCGAUCGAAUUGUUGAAGGAGGUUUCCACUAAUUUGGGCGCGAGAUUGUCGCAAGCGCGAUUGGUCUUCCACGAGAAUUACAUAACGGAAUGUUACGAUCGGUUGCGCGCGCAUUACGACACCUUGACGAUACUACAAAAAACUUUGUGCGACGACAAAGAUUUCGAUUCGGCGCAAUUGCAAAAUCGCAUCAAGGCCGAAGCGGUUAAAAUAUGUCGAGUGCUCAAAGUGCUGCACGAAUAUAUCGCCGAAUGCGACAAUAGUUUCGUCGGCGAAAGGAAGAUACUCCCCUUGCACAGGGCCUGUCACGGCAAACACUUGACGCUCGUCGUCAGAUUUUCGAGCCCGAAUAGGCAAGUGGAAGAUUUGGAACUUUACACGCAUUCGAACGAUACUUUGGCAUCGUUGAGAAAAUACAUUUUGAGGAGGAUAAAACCGGGCGUGCAUUGCAAAUUGGAAUUGUUCGUUAACGGGGAACCGCUCGAACCGACCGAAGAUAGAAAAUUGUUGUCGCAGAUUCCCGUCAGAGAUAAAAUGUUGAUAUCCGCCAAAGUGGUGCAAGUUAAUUCGAAUAUGGCCUCGUCGCAAGAUAGUAGUUCGGAUAGUUCGACUUCUUCGCCUCACGUCCAUCCGUACGACGGACCUAACGUCGAAGCCGAGAAUCUAUUGCCGGGCGUUCUGAUGGCCCAACAACCGUUUUACGCCCAAUUCUUUUGUCAAUUGAUGAACGUCGGUAGCACUUUACCUUUCCCCUUACUCAGAGAUAUGGGACAUUCUCUACUCCAAUUGAUGCCUUGCGACAUAAUGACCAUGGAAAAAUUGAAAAUAUUGUUUUCCUCGCCCGGAGAACAGAAUAUCACGAUGGACAAUACGUUUUUUAAUGCCACUCCCGCAGAGGUGCUCUACAAUUUGGAGGUUCUUUAUUCGAUGUUGAUGCCGGCUUUAGACGCCACCUCCGAAAAAUGUUACGAAUUCCAAUACAAUUUUCUAAUAUCCGGCGAAGCGCACGUUUUCUUGGAGAUGUUGACCAAAAAUAAUUUCAUGUCUUCGGCGGACAACGUAACCAGACGAUCGGCUUAUUUGGUCGUCCUCAAAAUCUGUAAAUUGAUACUCACUUCGGUGGCGCACGUGCUGGUGAGAUUAAGCGAAGACCACACCCCGCCAGAAAACGAACCCCUCAACGAGAACGCCACCACCCCCGGAACUUUUUUGAGGCAGGCUCUAAGAAACGUACCCGGACAUUCCGACCACUUGCUGCGUCAAGUGUCCAUCAAACUAGCCCAAGGUUUGGCCCAACUCAUGGUGGCCGAAACGGGCAACACCGGCCAGGCGCAAGCGCUCUUCAGUCAAGCCUUGAAUUGGGAAUUGCCCGACCUGGCGACCACUCUGGCGUUGGUGCGGCUCGUUUGGGCGGCCAGCAGCAACAAUUUGGGCGCGGUUAACGCUUCGUUGGAAAAUUUACACGCUCUAUCCGAGGCUUGCAACAAAAAUACCGUGGAUCUAGUCAACGACGAUGUUUUGUUAUGUAAGGAAGCCCUAGAAUUGCUCAGUACCGCCGUCGUGUUGAAUCCGAGCAGUUUGCAACAUCUCUAUCAAGAUAAUUGGUGGCCUUAUUUCGUUACGGAUCUGGUUCUAGUUAAUCCGAACGCUUCUAUAAGAGUAGCGGCCGCCGAACAAUUGAUCAUAAUUUGUUCUUGCGGAGCCGGCAGCAGAUUGGCCCUACAACUCAUAAUGCCUCUGCUAUUUUCCCUCAUCAACACUAUCGUAGUGGAAAACGCCGGCACUUCUCACGAAUUCUUUCAAUUACUGUGUAGAUUAGUUAACGUGGCGUACCUCACCGGAUGUCCCAUAAACGGCGUAGAAACUUUGCUUUCCAAUGAAGUGACGUGGUUGCGAAAGGCUCGCGAUAAACACGAAGUACUCAUUGAAGGACACAUCCUUCUAGCCAAAGAACUGCUUCUCCUCAUACCCAACGAACAAAAAUGCGAAUUGGGUAGCGCCGAAUCCGGUAGUUUGAUCAAAGAAUUAUUGGAAGACUUUUUAUUUCCCGCCAGCAAAUUGAUGUUGAGAUUGAACAAAACCGGUCAAUUGGGCGAAGAUCCGGCCAUUUCGAUUUGCGAUACGCCGCAAACGCAAGCUGCCGCUUUCGAUCUUUUGAUAGCUUUGUGCUUGAAUUGCGUGCAGAACUAUAAACAGCUAGUCAAUAUGUUAACGGAAAUGUUUUAUAGCGAUCCGGAAACGGCGAUUAUGGAAUGGGAUUACCUUCCGGCGGUUGGCCCUCGUCCGUUUCAAGGAUUCGUCGGUUUAAAAAAUGCCGGAGCCACUUGUUACAUGAAUUCCGUUUUGCAACAGCUGUACAUGGUGGAAAGUAUAAAGGAGGGUAUAUUGGCAGCGGAGGGCGCAGCUAACGAUCCCAACGAAGAUUUUACCGGGGAAGAUCGGUUAGAAUUGGAUGUGGAUUGUACAGAUGAUAGAAAUAGUUUGGAAGAUAAUAGGAAAGAUUAUAACGUUGGUAUUUUGAAGCAGGUCCAAGCGAUUUUUGGACAUUUGGCUUGUUCGCGUCUUCAAUAUUAUGUGCCUAGAGGACUUUGGAGACAUUUCAAACUUCAAGGCGAGCCUGUGAAUUUAAGGGAGCAACAGGACGCCGUCGAAUUUUUUAUGUCUCUUGUUGAGAGUUUAGACGAAGCUUUAAAGACGUUAGGACACGAACAAAUAAUGUCUAAAAUACUUGGGGGCUCCUAUUCGGAUCAAAAAAUUUGUAAAGAAUGUCCCCACCGAUAUUCCAAAGAAGAACCUUUUAGUGUAAUUAGUGUAGAUAUAAGGAAUCACAGUAGUUUACCGGAUUCGAUGGAGCAGUAUGUCAAAGGUGAAUUAUUAGAGGGUGCUGAUGCGUACUACUGUGAAAAGUGUUCGAAAAAAGUAGUGACCGUUAAGAGACUUUGUGUUAAAAAACUUCCCCCGAUAUUAGGUAUCCAAUUAAAACGAUUCGAAUACGAUUUUGAACGGGUAUGCGCUAUUAAAUUUAACGAUUAUUUCGAAUUUCCCCGCGAAUUGGACAUGGAACCGUACACCGUAUCCGGCUUAGCUAAAAUUGAAGGAGAAAUUAUAGACUGUGAUUUAGAUCCUAGUACUAGCGAUGUUUGUACUAAAUAUCGACUCUCCGGUAUCGUAGUCCAUUCCGGACAAGCUUCCGGUGGACAUUACUAUUCGUAUAUUAGAAGUAGAGACCUUUCGGGUGAGAUAAGAUGGUACAAAUUCGACGACGGCGAUGUAUCGGAAUGUAGAAUGGGAGAAGAUGAAGAAAUGAAGGUGCAAUGUUUCGGUGGUGAUUAUAUGGGGGAAGUUUUCGAUCCCAUGCUAAAAAGAACGACGUACAGGAGACAGAAAAGGUGGUGGAACGCUUACAUGCUCUUUUAUACCAGGCACGAUGUUGAAGAAGAAAGCGCUUUGAAGAUGAUGAACAUGUUAACAAUGUCUGGUACUAGGAAAGAAACCCAUUUGAAAAUGCCAGUGGCGAUAGAAAAUAGCAUAAGGAAACAAAAUAUCAAAUUUCUGCAUCAUAGGAGCCAAUUUUCAUUGGAAUAUUUCGCGUUUAUAAGAAAAUUAGCGACCAGUUCGGCCCAAGGUAAUACGAGGCUUAGUCAACCGUUACCGAAUGACCAAUUAGAGCAACAGUAUCUACUCAGUGUUCAACUAGUCAGUCAUUUCCUUUUCCACACCGGGUGGCAUACGAAGAAAAACCUCAGGGGACCCGCUAUGGAAUGGUGUGACGUAUUAUGUCUGCACUUGCGUACUUCGCCAGUGAUAAGAUCCUGGUUCGCGCACAAUAUGCUAUUCAACCACAUGGGUCGUUUCUGCGAAUAUCUAUUGACCUGUCCGAGCAGCGAAGUCCGUUCGGCGUUCAUCAAAAUCGUCGUGCUGUUGGCUCAUUUUUCGAUUAACGACGGCCCUUCGCCGCCGCCGGCCGCGUUCAAUAACAACGAUACCACCGGCUCGUUGAGCGACCAUAUACUAUGGGCGUUACUUAGUCUUUUACAAAGGGAAGUUAGCGAACACGGUCGACAUUUACCCCAUUACUGUACAGUUUUUCAUAUGUACGCCAAUCAAGGUGUUCAAGAAAAAACUCAGUUGUUGAGAAUGAACGUUCCGGCGACUUUUAUGAUGGUGGCGAUCGACGAAGGCCCCGGUCCGGCUAUUAAGUACCAAUUCACCGAAUUGGGUAAACUAAAUCAGUUGGUUUCGUGUUUGAUUCGAUGCUGUGAUGUGAGCAGUAAAUGCCAGAGUAGUAACGGGGGACCGGUCUUACCUAAUCCCUACAAAGAUCCUACUAUACAAGAUUAUAUCAUGCCGAUAUCCUCGCAAGCGGCCGAUAUUCUCUUCAAUAGGACUACUUAUAUCAAGAAAGUGAUCGAAGAUACCAAUCUGACCGACGACGCCAUCAAAUUUUUACAGUUCUGUUCGUGGGAGAACCCCCAUUUUUCCAGAACCGUUCUAACCGAAUUAUUGUGGCAAAUAGCUUACGCCUAUUGCCAAGAACUUCGACAUCACAUAGAAAUUUUAUUAUCGAUAUUGUUGAUCGAAGAUUCUUGGCAAACCCAUAGAAUCCACAACGCCAUCAAAGGGGUACCGGACGAACGCGAAGGUCUUUUGGAAACGAUAAUCCGCGCCAAGAACCACUACCAAAAACGAGCGUAUCAAUGUAUAAAAUGCAUGGUCGCCUUAUUCAAUCGGUGUCCGGCGGCUCAAACAAUUUUGAUGCGCCAAGCGGACGUGAGGCGUUCGUGGGCGUCGGCAGUCGCGUGGCUACAAGACGAAUUGGACCGGAAGUACCCCCCGAACACUCAAUACACUUACAACACGUGGUCCCCGCCGGCGCAAAGCAACGAAAACUCCAACGGGUACUUCUUGGAAAGAUCGAACAGCGCGCGGAAAACGUUAGAAAAAGCAUUGGAACUUAUGCCGGAAACGGAAAGGGAAGACGAAGAUCUAGUCGAUGAGCAUUCCUCGAAUCAAGAGGAGCCCCAACAAGGCGAACAACAACAGCAAACUAUAACGCAAAGUAACGAAAAUUCUCCGGUCGAGUUGCCGGACGUAACGCAACGUAACGAAAAUCAACAGGACAGGUAAAAAUCGAUUUUUUUAGAGGGGACGACGGUCGAGCAGCGUUUGAACUACUUUCGAUUGCCUCAUGCGCGUUAAAAGAAACGAGCGAUAGGAAUGUGAUAUGUAUGUAUAUAUUAUAUAAAAACAAAACGUGAAGUCACGCAUUUUAUAUGGGUAGAGAAGCAUUUUUUUCUCUCGAGAGCAUGUUCCCCCCCUUUUUUUUUAGUUUUUUUUAAGCCCGCAUCGUUUAUUUGUACAUAUAACAGGCUUGGACCCCGGAGAUACAAAAAAACAAAGUCUGAAUAACCGAUUUUUUUUUUUUUAAAUUUUAUUUUUUAUCGUUGCUUAGUGCCUCUAUUGACUUUAUUAUAAAUAAAUAAUUUUAAGUACACUCGAUUUGCGUAAAUCUAGGGUCUGACCCAGUCACUUUUCUAUGUAAACACCGUUUUGUAUAAGAAACAAACAUAAAAAUUGAAUAUUAAGUUACUUCGAAUUGAAUAUUGAAUGAUAUGGAAAAUUUUGAAAAUUUCAAAGAAAAUAAAAAACUAAUAAAAAAAAAUUAUAGCUAUAGCGCUUUUUUAGCAACUAUUAUGUACACCAAUUAACGCAAACUCUUGUGAGAAAGUUCAUUGUAAAUAUCUAGCAAAAAAAAUUAUCCACUUUAUAGGGCGACGAAUAUCCGAGAAGAAUAAAGAAAGAAAAGAAAAUUUUUUAAUAUAAUCUUAUACUGGGUGUAACAUUUACUAAGACCAACCCUUAUUUGUCGUACCGAAAACCACUUGGUGUGAAAUCCGGUUAACGUGGAGGCCCUGUUACUACCAAAAGAACUACCACAAAAUUAGAGACCAAAAACAGCUUUGGAGCAAAAGUAGUAUAUAAAUAUUUGAACCAGCAACUGCUCCCAUCGUUUUUUUGAUAUGAGUAGGUCAUUUGGUAGUUCAGAUACCCUUAGAAGACCCUAACCUAUCCUAACCUAACUAUUAGCGAUUAAAGAAGUUAUUGGAAACUAUCUUCUACCAAAUGAGACGCUAGAAAUAAAUGAAAAGCAAAAAUAGGAAAUGUCGAUUCAAAAAAUCAAGUCAAGCAUUCAAUAUUUGAACUAGAAACCGCCUCGAUCUGUUCUUGGGUCAAUUGGUAGUCCGGGUGCACUAAUAGGAUCCUUUGUAACCCUCCAUAGCUAUAAAUCAGAUGGUAUGAGGUCUGGUGAACGUGGAGGGCUUGUAAAACAAGCUGUCAUUGCUAAAUGAAGUUAUUUGGUUAUUCUUCUACCAAAUGGGGGACUAGAAGAGCCAAAAGAGGUAGAAUUACUGAAAUAGUUGUCUCAAUUCUGUUUCUUGGUUUUGGUACGUCAACUACUAGUCCUUAUAGACUCAUAUGAUCAUUUAUAAAUCUCCACGGUUAUCAAUCACAUGAUGUUAGGUCGGGAUAACAUUGGGGACAUUCGAAACAAACUUUCUGUUUACUCAAUGAAGUUAUUCGAUUUUUCUGGUACCAGUUGGGGACUAGUAAUACUUAUAGAGCUUCGGGAUGAGUAAUAUGAGUUGAAAUAUCUAAUACAAGCGUUUAUUACUGGAAUAGUUGCUUCAAUUUUAGUAAUAUCAAGUCUGGUUGUAGUCGAGGGACCUUUUGGUACUUCUACGGUUGGAAAUGAUAUUUCGUGAAGUGGUAUUAACGAAGAGGGUUUAUAAAACGAAUUUUACCAUUAUUAAAUGUAGUUACUUAUACCGAAAAUUACAAUCUUUAUUCUUCUGCGGUAGAUUCGUAAAUCUCGUGCGGUAGUUUUCUAAUUUUGUGAUAUUUUUUUUUGUGAUGGCUUAAAGUGUUUUUGUUUUAAAUCAAUCCAAAUAAUAUUUAGAUAAUGUUGACGCUAGAAGCGCUGAUUCGGUUGUUUUUAAAACGGGACACCUUUCAGUCGUUAUACAGCAUGAAAUCGAAAAAAAAAAAAACACAAAGUCAUAACGUAAUUAUAUUUUUUUUGUUCUGUAUUUUUCCGAUCACUUUGUAAAUAUUUCCUAAGUAAGGAAAAAAAAGCUUUUUCGUAUAUAUAUAUUUUUUUAAUUAUGAUAAUUAUCAAUUUAUAUAUUGGAGGUUAUGUACAUACCCGAAGGAGUUGUGGAAAUUUCGUUAUGACUUUGAAAUUUAGAAAGUGUGUUUCUAUGCACCCCUAUUUAUUUAUAUAAAAGAAUGACUGUUUAUAUUAAAUCUGAAAUUUAUUACCCCCCUCCUGUCAUUUAUGUUGUGUAAUUUGUAGUUUAGGAAAAUUUCGGAGGGAACUUGUAUACUUACCAUAAAAAGCUGUAUUUUUGUUUUAAAUGUGUCUCAUUUAUUCCUUAAAUUAUUGCUUAAACAUAAGCUUACUAUACAUUUUGUUUGUAUCAUAAUUUAUAAUUAUAAAAAAAAUUAAUUAAAAUUUUACAUGAUGGUA